AUGGGUGCAUCUUGUUGCGGAUCCAAGCCUGGGCAGGAUAAUGCCAACUUGGAUGAACACGACCACGCAAGAGAACACCCUGUUACUGAGCACCACAGUAGCCAUGAAAAUGACGAUACGCAUGAAGACACCGAUGGUCACGUUCAUGAACACGGUGGUUGUGGCGACGAUCAUUCCGAUGCUUCAAGCAUCACCUCUCAGGCUUCAACUUGUUGUGGCAGCGAGGAGCACUGCAGCGAAGAAUGCAUCUACGCGAUUGCUGCUCUCCAAUGCGAGAAAGCCUGUAGCGAAGAUCCCGAUCAUCGAGUGUCCCACAACCAAUCGAACGAGCAAGAAACUGGCCAUCAAGAGGCUGAUGUAGCUUGUGGUACACAUCUCGCAGCUGCAUUCGAACAGUAUAGUAUCUACCUCGAACAGAUCCGAUGCAUCUGCCGAAGCGCAAUCGAACAGGGGCAAAUGUCCCUUGAGACCUGCUGCACUACCAGCCAAGCAAACACCAGCAAAUCCAAGCACAGACACAGAAGCAAGCAAGAGAAGAAGAAAGCUCUCCCUGCUGUUCCAACUUUCAAGCCCUCAGGCUCCGCAAACAAAGAAGUUGAUGUUGAAAACGCAUCAAAUGUCGAGACUAUUGGCUUCUUGGUCAGUGGCAUGGACUGUACAUCGUGUGCAGAUAAGUUGCUGCGAAUCUUUGGAAGCAUGUCUGGUGUUUCCAAUGCUCAAGUCAAUUUUGUCAUGGGAAAAGGAGAAUUUGAUGUCGAUUGCUCUUUGACCAAUGCGGAAGAAGUCAUUAGCUUCGUGUCUGGCGCGACUGGAUUUAUGCUUAGCAAAAUCGUUGGUGGGAACUUCUUCAUUGAUGUCUUGGCUACGACGGCACAGAGCAAACAACUUGUUGACAGCCCACCCCGGGGCGUAGUCGAUGUGCAGUGUCUUGACAAGAGGACAGUUCGCCUCUCGUACGAACCAACAACUGUUGGUGCUCGAGACCUGAUGGGGCAGCUACAAGAUAAGUGUAACGGUUUGGCCGAGCCUCGUGGCGACCCUCAACUUGAAAACAGCCGUCGUCGUCUCUGGGACCAACUUACAAAGACACUCUUGGCGGCUGCACUGACUAUCCCUGUGGCAGUGGUGUCAUGGAGCGAGGGCCUCGUGAACAAGAAGACUGAGGGUAUCAUUUCAUUGAUCCUUGGUACACUUGUCCAAGCGAUCGCCAUUCCCGAAUUCUAUCGCCCAGCCCUCGCUGCCCUGUGGUACAGUAGAACAGUCGAAAUGGACAUGCUCGUUGUCAUCAGCAUAACGGCUGCCUAUGUCUAUUCUAUCGUCGCGUUCAGCUUUGAGAUGACAGGCAGCCCUCUCGAUGAAAGCCAGUUCUUUGAGACCAGCACCAUGCUCAUCACCUUGAUCCUUGUUGGUCGGCUUAUAGCUGCCUUUGCAAGAGUCCAAGCUGUUUCUGCUGUAUCGCUUCGAUCGAAACAGAACAAUACAGCUGUACUCGUUUCGACGGAAAGCGAUCACGAGAUCGACGCUCGGCUUCUUCAAUACGGAGACGUUUUCAAGGUUUUGCCACAUUCCCGAGUACCUACUGAUGGUAUCGUCAUAUCAGGCAAGACCGAAGUAGACGAGUCUAUGCUGACGGGGGAAACACUACCGAUUGUGAAGCAAAAGGGUAGUCAUCUUAUCGCUGGCACUGUCAAUGGUGACGGUACUGUCACUGUUCAGCUGACGCGCCUUCCUGGCAAGAACACAGUUACCGACAUUGCGCAACUCGUUGAAGAGGCCGCGAACUCGAAACCCGAGAUUCAGGACCUGGCUAACAAGGUCGCUGGAUGGUUUGUCCCUGCUAUGUGUACAGUGGCUGUUCUUGUCCUUUUGAUCUGGAUCGUAUGUGGAAUUGAGGUACUCAAGCACAGCGCUGGUACCAGUGUUGGCAAUGCCAUCACGUAUACUGUCGCCACCCUCGCAGUCGCAUGUCCUUGUGCUCUUGGUCUUGCUGUGCCAAUGGUUCUUGUUGUCGCUGGUGGCAUAGCCGCUCGAGGUGGUGUUAUCAUCAAAUCUGCCGAUAUCACUGAAGGAGCUCGCAAGACCACUGAUGUUGUCUUUGAUAAGACUGGUACUAUCACAGAGGCUGAGCUUGUAGUGAAUGAGAGGGUCAAUUUGAAUGGGGACUUGUCAGAUAAUCUUGCUUUGGCAAAGGCACUGGUUUCUGGAGGCAAACAUCCUGUCUCGGCCGCUGUCGACAGUUAUCUUGAACUGCAUAGCGUCAAGGGUAUGGCCGAGGUGCUCAACGUCCAUGUUGUCCCUGGAGCUGGAGUUGAGGCCGAAUACCUGGAUUCGACUGUCAGAGCUGGCAAUGCUCGCUGGACUCAAGUUAACCAGCUGGAAGACGUGAUACGGCUUCAACACAAUGGUCUCACUACACUUGUCGUUACACGCGAUGGCGUUCCUCUCAUUGUUUUUGGACUUUCGGCCCAGGUCCGCCCAGAAGCAGUACGAGUGAUCACUGAGCUCAAGUCUCGCAACAUCAACGUUCAUCUUGUUUCAGGUGACCAGAUUAAGGCUGUCCAGACUGUCGCGGCUUCCGUUGGAAUUCCAGCUGACAAUGUCGUUGGCGAGCGUACUCCACCUGAAAAGAGAGACUAUGUCGCUGCUCUAAUGGAUCAGGGAAAGCGUGUUCUCUUCUGUGGCGAUGGGACCAACGAUGCCAUCGCGAUUGCUCAAGCCGAUUUUGGCGUUCAAAUGGGAGGGGGUCUGACUAGUAGCGACGUUACUCAAAACGCCGCAGGGGUGGUUCUUUUGAACGGUUUGGAAGGUAUUCCAUUUCUCCUUGACAUCAGUAAAGUGUCGUUCCAACGCAUGUACUUCAACUUUGUCUGGUCUGCUGUCUACAACGUUCUGGCGAUAACAAUGGCGAGUGGUGCUUGGGUUGAGUUCCGGAUUCCUCCCCGCUAUGCUGGGUUAGGAGAGAUGGUUAGUGUUGUUCCUGUCAUUCUUGCUGCAAACACCAUGUUCUUUGCUAGAUACUUUACUUUGAAGGAUUAG